GAACUACCCCUGCAACAAGACAUGGAUCAGGAGUCUGUGCCCUGGCAGCCACACAACGCUUGGAAAAGCUACGGGUCUGUUGCUGUGGAGAGACAAAUGGAAACAAUGAUUGGGAAUGAUAGGAGUGAGGAGAAUCGUGUGAAGAAGAAGAAGAAACAGAAGAAAGGACAAGCCUCUGUGCCUGAAAAUCCAACAGAGGUGAAAAAAGAAAAGAAGAAAAGCAAAACAGUUGAGACAGUGGUUAUAGAAGAUGAGUCGAGGGAUGGAGGUGAUGAAAAGAAAAAUAAGAAGAGGAAAAAUGUCAAUGAUUCUCUGAAUGAUGCCGGAGAUUCUGAUGCCAUGGAAACGGCAACGGAAGGAGUCAAGAAGAAGAAGAAGAAGAAGCAGCAGCAGGUAGAUGAUAUAAACAAUGUGGAAAACAAUAUUUUGUCUGUAAACACAGAAGUGACAGAAGAGCAAAGGAAAGGAAAGAAAAAGAAGAAAAAGAAAACCUCAGAGGAAGAAACGACUGUAGCUAUUGAUGAAGUGACUACAACGAAAAAGAAAGCUGUAGUGGGCGAGAAUGAACUGAAGUUAGAAACAGCAGCAGCCGGAGGGACUGAGGGUGAGGAUGUAACGGUCAAGAAGAAGAAGAAGAAGAAGAAGAAGAAGAACAAGGCCGAAAAUGAAGUCGAAACACCUGAGAUCAAAGGGAGCAAGGCAGAAACAGACAGUAUAAUGGACGAGAGUGGGAUUAUUUUAGAGGAAGAGAAGACAGAGCAAAAGAAAAAAGGAAAAGGUAGGAAAGCUUCUGUGGAGGUCACCGAAGUAGAAAAUACAGAGCCAAAGAAAAAGAAGAGGAAAAAGGGAAUCCCACAGGGAGAGGAAGAGCAGCCAUUAAUCAAAUGUACAGAAAAUGAAGAGGCCGGUGACACAACAAGCAAGAAAAUCCCAAAGAAGAAGAGCGCUGCUGAGGUGACACAGACGGAGAAAGAUGUUGGAGUUGAAACUGGUGCAAAGAAGAAGAAGAAGAAAAAGAAAAAGAUCGAAAAAGAGGCCCCUCAGAAGGAAGUGGUGUUUCUGUCAGAGAAGAAUGGAAACACUGAUGAAAUCAACAACAUCGAGGAGAGAAGACCGGUGCUGCAGAUGGAAAGUGACAAGGCCUCUCAACCUGAAAAACCAGCUCAACCAUCGGGUUUGGGUCAGUGGAGCACCGCACGGUUCGAUAGCUCUGACCAGCAGCAGAAGUUCCUCCGUCUGAUGGGCGGCUUCAAAAAGGGCUUCCAACCUGCUGCGGCGAGCACUGAUGGAGCAAAUAUGGCGAUGGGGCAAGACGCACAGCAGCAGCUGCAAAAAGGGCUUCUGGGAGAGUUUGAGCGUGCUCACACGCGCAGAAUGGACUUCAGUAACAAAGGGGCAGGGCUUGGGUUUUCUGCACCGUCCAAUAAGAAGUUCUCUAUUGACAUCAAUAAAAGUCGAUCGAUUCGCUUUGAUGAUUAAUAUAAGUGUGAUCAAAAGUAAUUUUUUUGCAUGUUUACUUUUAUUUAUGGAUUCAUACUUCGCUGUCUGCUUAAGUCGACUGGAGAACCUUUUAACUUGUGGAGAUGUGAUUAUCAGCCAUUGAACACAAGACAAAAUGCCAUUUGUACAAGCUGUAUAUUAACCAUCCUCUUCCUUGAGGAACUGGACUGUUAUUACAUAUGAGAUAAGAACCACUUUUAGUUUAUUGCAAUGCCAAAUCUCAGUUUACACUGAUGGUGAAAAAUGUCAAUCUUGUAAUUUCAGAUUUUAUAUUUUAGAUAUUCGUCUAAAUUUGACAAAUUAUUUUUAUAAUGGCAAGUGACUACAAUCUGCAGAUGACAUUGAUUUUACCUGUUACAUUAAAUAGUUCAGCAUUUUACUUUCAAAAGGUGACAUGUGUCAAUAUUAAAUCAUGUGUAAGGAGAAAUGCUUGUUUUUGUCGGUUGAGUGGAUGUAUGGAUCUGUUUAUGAACUGAGGAAAUCACUUAGUUUCAUAUUGAGUGCAAAAUAACAUCAAUAAAACCUUUCUGUACAAAAAACUUGCUUUCAUUGUUUCAUUUUAUUCCAGUCCUGCUCAUGACAUCUGCUGUAAAGUGAGGACAGAUUAAAGAAAAAGAAUGUUCCCUCUACGUAAGAGAUACUAUGGAGACAUUUGUCUUUGCUUGUGGGCUCAGAAUGGUUCAGUUUCAAUUAUGUGCUGGAAAAGAAAAAUAUUUUACCAUCAUAUGUUGUUCUUCAGUAUUCAGUGCAUGGGAACUGAGCUUUGUUCCAAGUCACUUUGAACAUUAGGCUCUAAAUACCAUUCACUUUACCUUUAAAACUGUUGUGUGGACAUUAGUCAACUUUUUGUAACUGGAAAAGCUGAGGUUUAUGAAAAAUGGGAC